UGCCUAAUGAGAGAAUUCUUUCCCCUCCCCUGUUUUCUACUAUCAAAUUCAGUGAAGUAUGUUUGUUAUAAGCUUUGAUUUCCGAACUUCUUUGGGAAUCUCUCCACUCUCUCCCUCUCCCUCUCCCAUCCUCUACAGGCAUUCAUGGCGGCCCAUCUCUUACAGUUCCUUCUUCUGGCGUUUACGUGUUCUUUCUCGAGUGUUUAUGCAGAUAAUAACCGGAAGGAAUUAAGAACUAAGGAGGUGAAGCAAGCAUUUGUUAUACAAUUGGGUCAUAAAGUUCAAUCCCACAGAAUUGAUCCAUCACGAGUUGUUCAACUCUCUUGGCGACCAAGGGUCUUCUUGUACAGAGGCUUUCUAUCGGAUGAAGAGUGCGACCACCUAAUCUCUUUGGUGCAUGGCAAGAAAGAAAAUUCUGUGGCGGGUGGUGACGAUUCAGCAAAAGUUGACAAGAAUGAAAUAACUGCAAGGAUUGAGGAAAGAAUUUCAGCUUGGACUUUUCUUCCUAAAGAGAACAGUAAGCCUUUACAAGUUAUGCAAUUUGGGUUUGAAGAUGCCAAACAAAGUUUUAGUUAUUUUGGAAAUAAAUCAACACUGGUACUCAGUGAGCUUUCAACGGCAACAGUUGUUUUGUAUCUCUCAAAUGUCACCCAGGGUGGUCAGAUCCUCUUCCCCAAGGCAGAGUUAGAAAACGCUCAACUGAAAGACAAGAUUUGGGCUGAUUGUACAAAGAGUAGCCACAUCCUGACGCCUACUAAAGGCAAUGCAAUUCUGUUCUUCAGUGUCUUUCCCAAUGCCACAGCUGACAAGAGUAGCUCCCAUGCUAGAUGCCCUGUCCCUGAAGGUGAAAUGUGGUGUGCCACCAAAUUCUUCCAUGUGAAAACCAUCAGCAGCGAAAAAGUCCCUUCCCAAUCAGUCGACAGUGAUUGCACGGAUGAAGAUGAAAAUUGUCCACGUUGGGCUGCCAUCGGGGAGUGCCAAAGGAAUCCUGUCUUCAUGGUUGGAUCUCCUGACUACUAUGGUACAUGUAUGAAGAGUUGUAAUGCCUGCUGAUGGGUAGAGUUGUAAUGCCUGCUGAUGGGUAG